AUGCACCGACCUCAUGCUCGUUCCAGGUUGAAAAAAAAAUCAGAUAUGGAUCAGCUCAAGGUUCAGUCUCGACCUGGCCAACGAUCAUCGCCGUCGUCGACGAACACGCCCGCCAAACCCAAGUGUAAACCGGCGAGAUCGACUGUCCUCAUAAUCAUCGCUUCCAUCGCUAUCGCGUUGGGUUUAUUAAUCGUUUGCUGCUCAAUUUUACUCCCGGGAAGGAACCGGAGAGUUUCGCUCCGGUACAGCGUCGUGAUUGACGGCGGGAGUUCUGGGACCCGAGUUCACGUAUUCGGGUUUCGGAUUGAAUCCGGGAAACCGGUUUUCGAUUUCGGUGAGAAGAAUUACGCUAGUAUGAAGCUGAGUCCUGGUUUGUCUUCGUAUGCUGAUAAUCCGGACGGAGCGAGCGUGUCAGUGGCGGAGCUUGUGGAGUUCGCGAAGGGGAGAGUUCCGAAAGGAAUGUUGAAGAAGAGUGAUAUUAGGUUAAUGGCGACUGCUGGGAUGAGAUUGCUUGAGAUGCCUGUUCAGGAACAGAUUCUCCAAGUUACUAGAAGCGUUCUUAGAUCUUCUGGGUUUAAGUUUCGAGAGGAAUGGGCAUCUGUUAUCUCAGGAUCUGAUGAAGGUAUGUAUGCUUGGGUUGUUGCCAAUCACGCGCUAGGUUCUCUUGGAGGUGAUCCGUUGCAAACAAAAGGGAUUGUUGAACUCGGUGGGGCUUCUGCUCAGGUGACAUUUGUGUCUAGUGAGCUUGUACCACGUGAGUUUUCGCGUACGAUAUCUUAUGGAAAUGUUUCAUACAGUCUAUACAGUCACAGCUUCCUCCACCUUGGGCAGGAUUCAGCACAUGAAAAGUUAUGGGAAUCACUCCACAACUCAGCUGCAAACUCUACAGGGGAAGGAAUAGUUACCGACCCUUGUACUCCUAAAGGAUACAAACCCGACAAAAAUUCACAUAAGGAUUCAUCCGGAUUAGUAGCUGAAGAAAGCCGAUUUACAUCAUCACUUCAAGCUGCUGGUAAUUUUUCAAAAUGCCGAUCUGCUACUUUCGCCAUGUUGCAGGAAGGAAAAGAGAAAUGUGCUUAUAAGCAUUGUUCUAUUGGAGCAACAUUCACACCUAAGCUUCAAGGAAGUUUUCUGGCGACAGAAAAUUUCGUCCACACCUCCAAGUUUUUUGGAUUGGGAGAAAAGGAUUGGCUGACUGAAAUGAUUUUAGCUGGAAAGAGAUUCUGUGGAGACGAUUGGUUGAAGUUGAAAGUGAAACAUCCAACAUUUAAAGACGAAAGUUUGCUUCGGUAUUGUUUCUCAUCAGCAUAUAUUGUCUCAAUGCUUCACGAUAGUCUUGGUUUUGCUCUUGAUGAUCAAAGAAUUGGGUUUGCGGAUAAAGCAGGAGAAGACAUACCACUAGAUUGGGCAUUGGGAGCUUUUAUACUAAAUACUGCCACAACCACUUCUGAUUACAGUGGUAAAUCUAGAAAAAUUCCUGAUUUGAGUAACGUAGCCAGUUACAAAACAUGAUAUUAGUUACUAGUACAUAAAUGAUACUUUUUUCAGAUAAAACAAGUAAAUUAUCACCGUAUAUUUGUAUUUACGUUAAUUCGUGUUUAAAAAAAAAUUACAGUCUUCAUUGAUCUCUUUUUGUGAAAUAAGUUAGCUUCCCAUACAAAAUUGAAAACUGAUUUGAAUUGUAUGGAUUUUCUAAGUUUCUACAUCAUUU